AUGGACGUGCUCCGCAGCGGCGCCGCGUGCAGCGCGCACCGCGGCGGCGGGGCCUGCGAGCACGCGCAGCUCCUGAGGUCGCUGCUGGUGCACCAGGUGCCCAGGCUCAACCGCCGUUUCCAGUCGCGGCACGGGCGCCGGCACGGUGAUUUCAAGGCCGACAACGUGCUGAUCGACCGCAGCGGCAUCCCGAGGCUGGCCGACUUCCUCAGCCCCUUCUGCCAGAGUUGCGACCGAGAGGAGCUGCUGUGCUCCAUCUGCUCGUCGCACCCGGCGGUGCAGGAGAUGAAGAGCGCCGUGGGCGGCGCCUGGAGCGGGCGGAGCGCGGCGGACGAGGCGUGGCUCGGCCGCCCCGGGGCGGCCCUGGAGCCCGGCGAGGCGUGCGGCAACGCGCGGCUCUUGGCGGACCUGGAGCGCCUGGUGGCCGCGGGCCAGUCGCAGUCCAUCUUCGGCCCCAUGCCGUCUCUGCUCAGCACGGUCGUCGGCCGCCAGGUGCCGUGGGAGUCCGCGGCCCUGGGCUCCGCAUCCCCGACCCCUCCCGGGCCAGCCAGGGGCGCCGCCGUGGUCCCCAGACUCGGCGCCGCCGUGCCGCCCGAGCUGCUCCUGCCCGGGAGGCUCGGCGAAGGCCUGGCGCCGCCACCUGGGGAGCCGCAGUUGUCGCCGACGGGCUCGAAGGCGGGGAGCUCGCUGGUGCUGCCGAUGAUGUCGCUCGGAGAGAUGUCCCCCCUGGGCUCCCCGACGUUUGCGGCGAGCUUCUUCGGCAAGACCAGCUUCGCGUUCACCGCCAGGCCGCCUCCCAGCAAGGGGCAGGGGCCGCCAGAGCCUCCGGCGUCGCCACCAGUGCCUGCGGCCACGCUGCGCCCAGCAGAGUGCCAGGUCCUGACCCAGUGCCAGGCGACCCACCCGAGCCCGUGCCAAGCGGCCCUCCCAGCCCAGGCGGGCCCUGCGCCGGGCGGCCCCGCGCCAGGUUGCGCGCACGGCGCCGCGUCCCAGGACACGUGCCAGGGCUUCCACGCGGGGCCGCCAGCCGCGUGCAGCGCGCGCCCACACACCGCCGCCAGCGCGCCCUGCCACGGCGCCUCGCCGAGACUGUCGCCUGGCGGGCCCGCGGGGAUGGCCGCGGGUUUGACGCCGUUCGCGAGCAUCCCCGAAUUCGGCGCAGGCCCGCUGCAGCCGUCCCCUGUCCCGCUGGCCGCUGGGCAUGGCGCGCAGCUGGCCUCCGGCACGGCGGAGCCGCUGCGUCCACCGCGGCCCUCGGCCGCGCCGCAGUGCUGCCCAGCGGCCCUCGGCGGCGCCUCAACAGCGGGCGGUGGCGGUGGCGGUGGCCCAGCGCUGCUCGGCGGUAGCCUCGGCUUCGGCGAUGUCGCUGCGGCGGGCCUCGGUGGUGGCCUCAACAUUCCAGCCAGGCAGAGGUCGGGCUCCACGCCACUGCCUGCUGCUGGCGGCCUGCCGCCGCAUCUGGCGCUGCUGCCCGCCGCGGCCGUGCCGCCGCACGGCGCGGCAGAGCCCGCCAGCGCGGUGCCUCCGCCCGCCGGCGCGCCACUGCUGCCCGCCGGCGCCUUGCCGCCGCACGGCCAGGCGUUGCCCGCUGGCGGACCUAGCCCAGCCAGCUGCCCAGCGCGCGCCUGCAGCAGCCUCUCGGCACCGCCCGGGGAGGCGCUGCUGGCGGCCGCCUGGCGGCCCGCCGGCUGCCAGUCUGCCCCCGCGGCGCCGUGCCUCGGCUGCGGCAGCGCCGCUGGCGCCAGCUUCGGCCUCGCCGGUUGCGGCGGCGGCUCGUCGUCGUCCUCCUCCGCCGCCGCCCGCUUUGGCUUUGCGGCGGGUUGUGGCGGUUGCACGGGCGACUUGUGCGUGACCUCGACGCCCGUGACUUCCAACGCCCUCGGCGGCGGCGCCUGCGGCUUUGGCCUCGCGGGGUGCGGCGGUUGCGCGGGCGAUUUCUGCGUGACAUCGACGCCCGUGACUGCCACUGCCCUCGGCGGCGGCGUCGGCGCCGCCGGCGUUGGCUUGGCGGGGUGUGGCGGUUGCGAGGGCGAUUUGCGCGUGACUUCGACGCCCGUGACCUCAAUCGCCCUUGGCAGCGGGGGCACCGCUGGCUUUGGCUUGGCGGGGUGCGGCGGUUGCGUGGGAGAUUUGCGCGUCGCCUCCAACGCCAACGACUUCUUUGGCUGCAAUGGGUGCAGCGGCUACACGAUGCCUGGCGCAGAAUUCGGCCUCUCGUCUCCGACCUACGUGGGCGGGCCGAGCGCCCAUUUGGUUGCGCAGGCCGCCACGGCAACCGCCCGCCACUGA